CGGUCGUCUGAACUCAAAACUCUCCCUUCAAUUCUAUCUUAUCUCAAUCGUUUCAAACGGAACAUCAAAACGGGUUUCUUAAGUAGUACAGUACUGGAAAAACUAUUCGAUAUUGAACAAGAUAACUAGUUUACCUUUUCGAUGCUUAAAUCGAUGUAAAGUUGUAUCAAGAACGUCCCUCUGCCUCGGUGUCCGAGGCCGGGGUCUGUACUGUUUGUACGACGAAUGGCCGUGGUCAACAAGUCUCCGGACCUCCGUUGGACGAAAAGGUACAGGCUCUUCUGCCUGGGCGGCUUGGCAGUCCUGUCCAUCCAGCUCUUCCUCGCCUACCUCUUCUUCGCCGUCGAAUCCAACAGCGAGACCCCUACCCAGGAGUACCUGUCUGGAAAGGGCAGGCUCAACCUGGAGGUGUUGGAUGAGCACAAUGGACUUGAAAAUUCUAGGAGAUUAAGAGACUCAUAUUUAGUCAGUGAUGACGAUGACGAUGAUUCUUUAGGAAACAGUAAUGCAAUAUAUAAUAAAGUCAAAGUCCCGCCUGAUAAAGUGGACUCAAAGUCGAACAAAGUGCCUAAAAUUAGCAAAUUAGGGGAAGGAAACAAGACUGUUACACUGCGAAUUGAAGAAUUGGAUUUCACACCUAUGUGCGAUAUUCGCAAUAAAGAGGCAAUAUCAGCGAUACACAGGGCGAGCACACAGAACUGCAAACAGCAAAUCGCCAACACGACGUGCCUUGUCCUCUCGGGGGACCUUUACCCGCAACUGCUUCCGCACAAAUGUCCGGCUGAAGGUCGCAAGGGUAAGCCUUUAGGAUGUUACCAAGACGAUAAGAUAUCGCGACUGCUCAAAGAGUACUAUAUCAACCUCAAGUCGACCAACUCGCCGGAAAAUUGCAUCAACAUCUGCCUACAAUCUGGAUUUCCUUAUGCAGGAGUUCAAUAUGGGAGUGAAUGUUUCUGUGGAGUGUCUGAACCGUUGUCUUCUGCAAAACUUCCUGACUCGUCUUGCAACAUGAAAUGCCCUGCGGAUGCUCGCCAGGCUUGCGGAGGUUUCUACACAGUAAACAUAUAUCAAACUGGAGUAGCUAAAUUGUCCAAAGAGCCAAUAAUCGAGACCUGGAGCAAGAAACGUAAUGAAAACAACGCUGAAAGUAAGGUCCGUAUCGUCUUCCUGCUCAUGCUGAAUGGCAGGGCUGUAAGGCAAGUCAAAAGGCUCAUCAAGGCCCUGUUUCACACUUCCCACUUUUUCUACAUCCACGUAGACGCUAGGCAAGAUUACAUGAUGCGAGAACUUUUAGAGCUUGAGAUGCGCUUUUCAAACAUCCGACUGUGCCGGAGACGCCAGGCGACGAUCUGGGGCGGUGCUUCUCUUCUUUCUAUACUUCUCCAGGCGAUGUCCGAACUAGUCGAAAGCGGCUGGCAGUGGGAUUUUGUCAUAAAUCUAUCCGAAAGCGACUUUCCAGUCAAGACGAAUGAGCAGUUGGUGAAUUUUUUGACUGCAAACAAGGAAAGGAAUUUUGUGAAGUCACAUGGCCGUGAAGUACAGCGGUUUAUACAGAAGCAAGGCUUAGAUAAGACUUUCGUCGAGUGUGACAACCACAUGUGGCGCAUCGGGGACCGUAUCUUGCCGACUGGAAUCGUUGUGGACGGUGGAAGUGAUUGGCUAGCUCUUUCAAAGCCAUUUGUUGAAUACUUGGCUAAAAAUCAGAAUGAUCCACUCAUUCAGGGUUUAAUCACUAUUUUUAAAUACACCCUUCUUCCUGCAGAGUCUUUUUUCCACACUGUACUGCGUAAUUCUAUAUACUGCAAUAGCUACGUUGACAACAAUUUGCACAUAACCAAUUGGCGGAGAAGGCUUGGCUGCAAAUGCCAGUACAAACACAUUGUCGAUUGGUGUGGUUGUUCGCCGAACAAUUUCAAAACCGAAGACUGGCAACGGAUAUUGGCGACUGAAAACAAACCAGUUUUCUUUGCAAGGAAGUUUGAACCUGUGAUCAACCAAGAGGUCAUAAACCAUCUCGACACGUGGCUGUACGGGAACUACCCAAAGAACCUUCCAGGCCUUGACAAAUACUGGCAAAGUAUUUACAAUUCAAAAGACAUCAGCCCUUCUCCUGAUGAUACCCUCAUUUCCCUCGGGCACAGCUUAACAAGAUCUUCGAUCCGUGCUGUACAAAAAAAUUGUUCACUCUCAAUGGUCAAACUCCUCGAAAUUAUUUCUUACUAUGAAUCUAAUACGUACAAAGGUAGUUUAAUCUUCUUUGAAGCAAAAUCACGCCUCAAUAGUAAAUCUUUGAAAAUUGAAAGUUGGAUCCAGCAUGUUGAACACUUUGUUAUUCUUAACAACUCCGCACCAUCUAGUCGGAUAAAAAAUGUUUUUGUGAGCUCGGAUUUUGACCAAAAGGAGCAGACGUCAAGGAACAACCUGAGGACGAUUGGCCCGUUCACCGAACCGACGGCCAUUGUCGAACUCAACCCCGGUGAGACGCUGUUCAACAUAACAAUCCUCUGGAUAGAUCCGAUGGCAAAUAUAGCUGCGAUCCAAGAUUUUAUUAUGGAAGACUCUGUCAAUGUAAAUUUUGUCAAACCUCUUUUGAAAUCUCCCCUUUUACCCGGCGUCUGGACAGUCAAGCUAGUUUGGAAGUCUAACAUUUUUGCUCAAACAUACUUCCUCGUUGUUCCUUUAGAGAUUGUCUCAGGAUCGCCUAUAAACCUCCAACAGACGCAAUUUUUACAUGGGGGACCAGGGGAAAGGUAUGUAAAACAAAACAAUGAUUGGGCCAAGAUCGUCGGAAGCCAGGGCGAGAAUAGAAGUGCCCUUGAAAGGAGGGCAUUUAGCAACAGCAAACGAGUCGGGAAGGAUUUGAACAUAUGGAUUGAUUCCCUUACUAACAGGUUUUACCAAAUCGUGGAAACGUGUACAACGUCCGUUUCGGAAAUGUGUGGCCUUGAGAACUGCAAGAAGACAAACUGGAGCUCCCUCUCACCCGAUCCAAAAUCCAACAUGAACAUGAUCGAAAAGACAGGAAGGAUAAUCAGGUGGUGAUGAGUUUUUAAAAGCAUCCGACCGACCUUGGAGCCCAGAGAAGAAGCAGCGUUGCAUAAAUGUGAUAUUAAUUUGUAAGGUUGAUAUCAACAUAUAUUAUUGUUAUGAGGCAGAAACUGCUCAUUAGAUAUUCCAAAGUGUCUUUGUUAUUGAUAAUUAAAUGCCGCUGCUUCAACCUGAUUCGAAAACCGUGCCAUAUCAAGCAGAGCCAUAUCACUUUUGUUAGAUUUAACAAUUGGACCAAACAGGUUGGCUUUAGUUAUUAAGUAGCGUAAGUAAUUAUUAAUAAUUAAUAAAACUGCUUCUUUUUAAAAUUAUUUUUGGUAAAAUUGCUUUAACAGUUAUUAACUUUUUUCAUUUUUUUAUUUAUUUAUUUAUUUUUUUUUUUAAAUGAUUCAGUGGCUAGGGGAAAUAACUUUUGACAUUCCUAAUCGUUUUUAGAUAGUUUACCAACACAACACACAGUCACACAGCUAGAAAAUGGUUUAAAAAAAUCAAUAAAUAAAUAAAAUUAAACAAAUCCAUUUAUAAACUUAGUUUAAAUUUGUAGCUUAAUUAGUUUCUCACAAUUGAAAUAUUCAAUUCGUGAGACGAGAUAUGUAAACGUGUAGUUUGACCACUUCCGACUGUAUCAUGCAUUUUUCUGUGUUGAUUUCAUCUUUUUUGUUGGUUUCUAAUUUAACGAAGUGACAAAACACAACUGCUCACGAACGUAGCAAGAAUAAUGCAGAUCUGAGACGAUAAUAAUUCAGCGUAGUUUUACAUAUGUUAUAUAGUUUAUACUCAGCACGAAUUGUCAGCACAGUGGUAAAAAAUGAACACAAGGAUAGGAUACAGAAGAGAGAUCACAGAUUUAAAUGAAACUUUUUUUUUUCAUAAUGCUAGGUUGAAAAA